AUGAGAAGCGUCAGAUGCUGCUGGCUUUCCGACAUCCACACCCUGGAACAAAACGUCACGCCUGUGAAUGCAGCCCAGCUCGAGAUCACCAGGUCCUCCCUCAAAAGCUUCGACCCUGGCAUGAUGGUCCGCCAGUGUGUUUCGGAUAGCCCUUUCUCAGGAAUCGUCUUGGCCAAUAUCUCUCUCCAUUUCCCGGGGUCUCAACGGCGCCGCUCGAAGUCGACCCCGUCAAGUCCUCGAUCUAUUCCCUCAGCACGAUCCCCAGCUUCUUCACCAUCAACCCCACUGCGACGGUCCACGAGAGGCAACCAACCAGAGGCGCAGAAAUCUGAAUUGCAGCCCUUAACAUACGAAACAGUGAUUGCAACCAGCGGCCUAAAACGUAAAGGCCUCUGA